UAUGAUUGGCACGGAAUUUGUUCGUCUGCUACUCAUCUACCUAGUUGACAACUGUCAUGGUAAAUGCGGCAAAACUCGCUCAAAGCAGCUCAAAGUCGCGGGUCGAAUUGUGUUCACAUGCAGAAAUGAAUUAUGGGAGCACCAUGAAUUUAGUUUUCAUGUUUCAUAAUUAAAGUUAUAACAAUGCUGUUAGAAACCAUAGAAUACCUAAAGGACCCAUGGAGAGUUGCAAGAAUACAGGAGUUUUUUGGUGUUCGAUCAAAUGUUGGUGAAACUUCAGCUUCAAUAAAAAACAAAGCUCAGAGCAUUGUGGAAAAAUGUGAGAAUGAUAAUUUAAAUUUAUGUAUCAAUGAAACGGACUUAAAAGAAAACAAAGGUAGAUAUGUCUAUGACACGCAUACAAAUAGCAUAAAUGGCCGUAUCAAGGCUAGUACUGUACGAAAUCGAAAAGAGGGUUAUGCAUCGAGUGAAGAAGAGACCAUAUCGACAUCUGACUCAGACCAGCCAAAUUUUUUAAUUACUAAUCACUUUUGGUACUAUUUAUUUUUAUUUGGCACAGAAUUGGGCGAUGAAAUUUUUUACUCCUCGUUUAUUCCUUUCUGGUUUUGGAAUAUCGAUGGAGCUGUUGGUCGAAGAGUUGUUCUAGUUUGGGCUAUUAUUAUGACUAUCGGUCAAACCUUAAAAGAUAUAAUAUGUUGGCCUAGACCUGCUUGUCCACCAGCAUACAGGUUACAGCAAAAAUGGUCUCAAGAGUACGGAAUGCCAUCGACUCACGCAAUGAUUAGUGUAUCGAUUCCUUUUAGUGUAGUAUUAUUUACUACAAAUAGAUACAUUUACCCAUUCCCUAUAGGUUUUGUAGUUGCUACUUUGUGGUGUACUUUAGUUUGUAUGAGUCGACUGUAUUUGGGUAUGCACACCGUAUUAGAUGUCAUAGUAGGUUUGAUAUUAGCCAUUCUAUUAAUGGUUCCUUUAGUGCCAUUGGUGGAUGCAGCGGACUAUUACUUUCUCACAAAGGACUGGGCUCUGGCAAUUCUAAUUGCAAUUAGUAUUGCUACCGUAGUGUACUAUCCAUGUUGUGAUAAAUGGACUCCCACGAGAGGUGAUACAACUAUGGUCGUUGCCGUUACAACUGGUGUUCACGUGGGAGCAUGGCUCAAUUACAGGACUGGAGCAUUGUCCACUCCACUGCAACCACCACCAUACAACAUUAUAUGGCCCUCGUAUUCAAUGUUAGGUAAUACAAUACUUAGAACUGUACUAGGGUUUUGUUGCGUAAUGGCAACAAAAGCUCUUUGCAAAUCCCUGGGCUAUGCUACUAUGUGUGCCAUAUUAAGAGUCAAUUCCAAGGAGCUUAUGAAGAGUCAAGACUGCUUGGAAAAUAGAAACAAAGUCCUGGUUGACUUAGUCUAUAAGUACAUAGCUUGCUUCAUGAUAGGAUUUAAUACCGUUUAUCUGUUGCCAAACGUUUUUACGAUGAUCGGUAUAGAGCGGCCAACAUUUUACACGGAAAUGUAGAGACAGGAAGAAAAUCGUCUUUUGUCGUGAACUGAGAUCAGCAAUAACCACGUUUAUGUAUUCAUCCUUGUAAAACAACUUAACUUUUACAUAUACUUUCUUGGUAAUUUAUAUCAAACCCAACUGGUCCUGAUAAUGUAAGUCGUCUUAGAUAAUCCAAAUACUAUCAAGACUUUUCUAGAUGAAA